UGUUUGAAAACUAUUGACGUGCUAACCGGAACACUGACAUAGCCGGCGGCGAGUUGUCAUUGAUAUCAAAAACGGCGAGCAGAACUGUAGGGUCAGCACGGCGACGAAGCAGCACAAGAGGCAACACAACGCAAAAUCGCACCGUCGUACCUGGCGUGUAGAAGAGAACACCAUAGUAAACACAAGAGGCUAAACACUAGACAUGUCUGCACCGGUCAUUGUCGAGGCCACGGCCAAGCAAACUGCCACGUUGAUUUUCAUGCACGGCCUGGGGGAUACUGGGCACGGCUGGAGCAGUGCAUUGGCCGCCAUCAGACCUCCUUUCAUGAAGGUGAUCUGUCCGACAGCCCCAACACAGCCAGUAUCGCUAAAUGCUGGCUUCCGCAUGCCCUCCUGGUUUGACCUGAAGACGCUGGACAUUUCCGGGCCCGAGGAUGAGCCCGGCAUACAGGCAGCUCGCGACAAUGUUCACGGCAUGAUUCAGAAGGAGAUCAGCGCUGGCAUUCCGGCCAAUCGCAUCGUCUUGGGAGGCUUUUCGCAGGGCGGAGCCCUAGCUCUCUAUUCGGCGCUGACCUAUGACCAGCCGCUAGCCGGCGUUGUGGCACUCUCGUGCUGGUUGCCGCUGCACAAGAAAUUCCCUGGAGCCAAGCUGAACAGUGAGGAUGUGCCGAUUUUCCAAGCGCACGGUGACUACGACCCGGUGGUUCCCUACAAGUUUGGCCAGCUAAGCGCCAGUCUACUCAAGUCGUUCAUGAAGAACGUGACCUUCAAGACCUACAGUGGACUCUCGCACUCGUCGUCCGAUGACGAGAUGGACGACGUGAAGAACUUCAUUACGCUCAUUAUGCUCUUCUCCGUUGCAGGACAUAAUCAGUAAAUGGGUAAACUAAUUUCCAAUGCACUUAGACCGUACGACCCCUGAACCCGCCCGUUGCAUUCCACUUGCGUAGCAGGAACAAAAUCCAGAAAAAGAAAUUACACGAAGCAGCUGAACAUAAUUUAAAACUUAGUGAACACCGACCGCAGUAAGAGAGUCCCACAGAGAACUAUACAACAUAUUUAGAGUUCACACGGUUGUAGCGUAGCCCGGUUAUGGAAAUUAGCACCUAAAUCAAUUCGAAAGCAAUCAAUCAAUCAAUACACACUACAAGUACACGCGUAGCUAUACUUAAAGAGAAACGAAAUGCCAAAAUACAUUGUGUCGAACAAGCAAUUAGCGUGGCAGAACCAGAACCUGCAGCUGCCGGCGCCUCUGGAUGGGCUGCUGAGCGUUGAGGAAAUGAGAGAACAAUUUCUUUGAUAUUCUUUGGCGGCUAAAUUAUUUCGGUUUAAUUAUUUGGGACAUAUGCGUAUUUGAAUUGAAACUAAUAAAGCUAUAUAAUCCACCAAAAGGAACAAAGUUGA